GUGCGCGUGCACCUCCAAGGCGAGAGACGUGGAUCCAGUUGCCAGCGUGUCAUUGUUGGACGAUUUGGGGCAGGAGGGAGUUGGAUGCUUGAAUGUGGGGUGGGGUGGGUGUGGGGACACGUUGGCACUUUUUGACAAGGUGACGUGUGUGUGUGGGGGGGGGGAGGUGGUGGUGUUGUCGAGAUGAGUUUGACUCACAUCUUGCCCAUCGUGGGGGCUGCGGUGGUCGUGAUCAGCUACCUCGUGGCCACCCAUUUGCCGCCGCCCAAACCCAAGAUCGCCGGCAUUGACUUGGGUACAACCUAUUCCUGUAUCGCCCUCUAUCAUGCCGGCUCGGGCGAGGUGGAGGUCGUGCCAGACUCUGUCUCGAAACGCCUUACCAUCCCCUCGGUGGCAGCCAUUGAAGCGAAAAACGGUACCGUGCUUGUUGGUAGCGAGGCCAAAGCGCAGGCCACGCUGAACCCCGCCAACACAGUGUACGAAGCCAAACGCUUCAUUGGCCGUUCAUUCUCCGUCGAACAUGCCAAUGAGGAGCGCUUUCCCUUUACCAUUUUCAAUCGAUCGGGAUCCUUUGGUUUUCGACUUCCCGCCGAUCAGCAUCACGUCCUCGACUCACCAGAAAAAGUGGGCGCUCAGAUCCUGACUCGCCUCAAGCAGAGCGCCGAAGCUUUACUGGCCACCAAAGUCACGUAUGUUCUCCUGAUCGCCACUUCAAGCCGCUGUGUCAUGGCUGUGCCUGCCGAAUUCACCGAGGCGCAGCGCAACGCAACAAAGGAUGCCGCUGCGCUCGCCGGCCUGGAAGUAUUGCGGCUGUUGACAGAGCCCACCGCUGCUGCUAUGGCCUACGGGCUGCACGAGCAGCAAGCGCUGUCGCGCUACAACGGCACAAUGCAGGACAGUCCCGAGUUGCAGCAGCGCUUGCGCGUGGCUGCCGAAGAGCUGAAAGUUUGUUUAUCAGAUAAAUUGCAGUGCGAUGUUCGCGUUGCACUGGACGCCGGUACCUCAGACGCCGCAUUUGAGGCCUCGCUCACUCGCUCUGAGUUUGAAGCCAUCAAUGCAGAAAUCUUCGAGCGCAUGCGUCAACCAGUACUGGAGGCAUUGAGCAAAGCUGGAGUUCCUGCGCAAGGCAUUCAUGAGGUGGUUCUUGUUGGUGGGAGCACGCGCGUGCCAAAGGUGCGAGCUACUCUGACAGAAAUGUUUGGCAAGCCCCCGCACACCAGCAUCGAUCCCGACCAAGCUGUUGCCGUAGGAGUGGCCGUACAAGCUGGCAUUCUGGCCGGGGCAUGGCCGCUGACAGUCUCGGCCAUUGAGAUUCCCUUCUCAGCGGAUCUGUCGGCUGACGAGCUGGCUGAGCUGGCUGAUGAAGAAAUGUAUGACGAGCUUAAUCCCGACACCGAUCAAGAUCUCUAGUACCCUUUGCUUGUUAGGUAGGAUGCAUGCCGCAUAAACUUGUGAACAGACUGACGCGGAUCUCUGACGAGUGUUCAUUCAAAUUCAGAAAAGAAUG